GUUUACAAGGACCAAGUGAAAUGAAUCCUGACUCGCAUUGGGCGCUUUGUUUUUUAAUAAAAACUACUUGAUCGCUUCGGGAUUUUUGUUUGUCUAACGUUUUUCUAGCUCGAGCCAAAAGACUAAAGGACACAAGGGAAGAUGAUUAAAUGUUGCUUAUUCGACUUUGGGGAAAACGCUGUUAAAGUAUCUAAAUUAACCAUCUCAUGUUCAAGUAGAAUAUUCCAUUCGGGAAUUUUCAAAUAUUCAUUUAAAGGCAUUGUUUUUGGAACAAACUUCCAAUUUAUCUAAACUAGAAAUCACAAGUGAUAGGUACUAUAAAUUUUUCAUCACUCCGAAACAAUUGCUCUGUAAAUUAUUUAUUCUCCAAUGAUUCGAACUGAAUAUUCCUAAAACCCAUGACAAUUGGGCCGCUUCGCAAAUAAUUUUAUUAAUUCAUUUGAAAACCCAAUAAAAUGAAGGACAAUAAAAUGGAAUGGUCUAUUAAAAAUAAAUCCAAAGAUGUAAAUAUUUAAUUUCUUUUAUCGUUUAACAGUGGAAGUGAUAAACGAAUUGUAUAGAAAUUCUCUUUUUCAGCUACCAAACUAAUCCAUUUUAUCAAUUAACGUUAAUCAGAUUAUACACUAAUUUUUACUCGCUCGAGCACUCUUGUAGGCGUUCAAGUAAGACAAAUACUGGAAGAUUAUAAAAAAAUAUAACGUAUAAUUAAAUUUCGUCAUUUAAAUAUUAGAUAACCCUGUAACAUUAAAUAGUUAUUUAAAGUCGCUUAUUAUCAGAUUUCUUUUAAUUGCCUUGUCAUUAUAUUGUAUUUCGUUCAGAAAUUUACCUAACAUUUACAUGGCAUUAUCGGUCAAUGAUGACGUUCCUGACUUAUUUACAAAUUUAAAUAAUAAUAUAUAAAUAACAAUCGCUAUGUGCAAACAAAACUUGUCUGUUUAUUACGCUAUUCAAGUGUAAAGUGUAGAAUGCCUGUGCUAAUAUUUAACGAAUAUUUAAAAAAAAAUAAAGAAAAGUUCGAGAGCAUUUGACGCGCAAACACAACAUGACUCGGUGCAAAGUGACAAUAGAAGUGCCGUUUUUACUUUUUUACGGCACUUGCAUAAUGGUGGGAAAUCUUAUCAUCAAUCUGAUGACGUACAAAGUAUGCUACAAUAUACUGCAUUAUCCAGAGGCCAAUUGCUCCAGAUUGGGCCAAUACACCGAUAACGAAACCCAAGAACUGGAGAGACUCGUCCAACCUCACGCAGGCGUCAUGACAGCCGUCACCGAAAUGGUUCCUGCUACGGUUCCUGUUAUUAUGACGCUUUUCGUCGGCUCUUGGUCGGACAAGUACGGAAGGAAACCGGUUCUCUUGUUCGUUUUAAGCUGUAUGACCAUCGCUUUCGGUUCGAAUGCCAUACUGCUCCUUUACUCAGAAAUCAAUCCUUGGUUUCUUAUGCUAACGACGAUUCCGAUUAUGUGUUGCGGAGGAGUUACAACUUUCCUUACAAUAACUUUGGCUUAUUUGAACGACAUGUCUACACCACACACUAGAGCAAUGAGAAUGGUGACUUUCGAUAUCGUGCAAAUUUUAGCGACGCUUUUCGGCGGUUUGUGCAGCUCGUACGUCUUGUACGCGACCAGUUACGCGGCAGUCUACGGAAUCGGUUGUGCAAUCAUAGCAUUUUGUACUGUAUAUACUUACCUGUUUGUACCGGAAUCUCUGGACAUGCAAAUAGAAGAAAGACCGACGUUAUCGAGUGUAUUCAGCUGCAGAAACGUCAUGGAUCUGUUUAAGAUCGCUUUGAAGAGAAGGCUGUACAAUCGAAGAGCUAUAAUCUUGCUAAUAAUCAGCUGCGUGGUCAUAUUGGGUUUCAUAGCUACAGGUGAAGUAAACGUUAAGACUCAGUUUCUGAGGAACAAGCUCGGUUGGACGUUGACCAAGCGGAACGUGUUCGGCGCUUGGUCUAGUAUGGUCGUUAUAGCUAGUACUUUGUUAACCACUUAUUUGUUGCAUACUAGAUUAAAAGUGAAGGAAAUUCUGCUCAUAUUUUUGGCGUUGCUUUCGGCGAUCGGAAGCAGCGUGUUAUACACCGUUGCUGAUUCAGACGCGAGUAUUUACGUGUCUGUUGCUGCUGGUGUGUUUAGCGGAAUGGCGAAUCCCAUGCUGAGAACCAUGCUCACCAAAUUGAUCGUUCCCGGGGAAAUGGGAAAAGUAUUUUCGCUAAUAAUGGUGGUGAACAAUUUUUGUUUGUUAGGGGCAGCUCUGACGUACCAAGAAAUUUACAACGACACCAUGAAAACGAAACCUGAAACGUUUAAUUACGUUUCAAUCGGUUUGAACAGUAUUGUAGCUGUGAUUGUAAUUAUCGUGACAAUUCUGGAAUUUCGAAUACCCAGCGAAAAACAGAAAAUAGAGGAAAACUUAGGUACAAUUAGUACUGAAAAAUUAACAGAUUAAUUAACAUUUUAUAUUCAAAU